AUACUUUGACUUUGUUUCGGAGACGUUGACGAAUUGAUUGUCAUUGCAAACUCGUGAUCGCUCAACUCCCUUCAACUUCAACCUCUAUCCAUCUCUUCACUAAACAAUAAACAUCACUGUUGCGUUCAAUUUUACAAAAUCAACUCUUUCAUGCUCGCCACGGACCCUACCGUCGCGCUCCGAAUACCCGUUCGCAACCCGACCCGAUCACUGUUCACCUCCACCAACACUUGCUGCUUCGAUUCACGAGUAACACUAUCGAGACCCAGCUUCUCCGCGGGUCCCACUCUUUCCCUCAAUUCUGUCAAAAUGCAACUGCUCCGCCGAACCAGUUACCGCAGUAGCCCCCGCGCCGAAAUCGGCGGUGAAGAGUUCUUCAACGCUGAUGCCACGGAUAAACGAGCUCCGAAUCACCUUGUUAUUAUGGUUAAUGGUAUAACUGGAAGUGCUUCUGAUUGGAGAUAUGCUGCAGAGCAGUUUGUGAAGAGGCUUCCAGAUAAAGUUAUUGUGCACCGCAGUGAAUGCAAUUCUUCAAGAUUGACGUUUGAUGGUGUUGACACAAUGGGCGAGAGACUGGCUGAAGAGGUACUAUUGGUUACUAGACGAUGGCCAGAGGUACAGAAGAUAUCUUUUGUCGCACAUUCUUUAGGAGGCUUGGUGGCAAGAUAUGCAAUUGGGAGACUUUAUGAUGAUUCUUCAAAAUUGGAACGCGUUGGUUCCACCAGAAACUGUUUCAAUGAAGAGAAGACAGAAUAUUCAAAGCAGUGCCUUAAACAGAGUUAUGAAGCCAAAAUUGCCGGUUUAGAGCCAAUGAACUUUAUAACAUUUGCAACACCUCAUCUUGGUUCAAGAGGAAAUAAACAGCUUCCCUUGCUUUGCGGUCUUCCUUUCCUUGAGAGAAGAGCAUCCCAAACUGCACACUUAGUUGCCGGGAGAUCUGGGAAGCAUCUCUUCCUCAUGGACAGUGAUGGUGGAAAACCUCCUCUGCUCCUGCGGAUGGUUGAUGACUCGGACGAUUUAAAAUUCAUGUCAGCUUUGCAUGCAUUCAAGCGCCGGGUGGCAUAUGCAAAUGCGAAUUAUGAUCAGAUGGUUGGAUGGCGUACCUCCUCGAUUCGCCGUCAGCAUGAACUUCCUAAGUCCAAUCUUAUUGUAAAUGAUGAAAAAUACCCACACAUUGUUUAUGUUGAAGGAGAUAACACCAGCGGCAUUUACAAUACAGAGUCUUCAAAUGUUGGAGGCCAAACAGCUGAAUUAGAAGAGAAGAUGAUAAGGGGUCUAACUAAGGUAUCUUGGGAGCGUGUGGAUGUCAGCUUUCAGACAAGUAAACAGCGAUACGUUGCUCACAGUACAAUUCAGGUGAAAACGUAUUGGUUGAAUUCAGAUGGUGCUGAUGUGGUUUACCAUAUGAUAGACAACUUCCAUCUUUAGCCUUUUUCUGCAAAGUUUGAGGUCAACAAAUCAAUGUUGGUUCAAUAUUUUGCUUCAUCACGGAUGAAGAGUUGCACAUUUUAUUGUGGCUAUUUGAAUUCAUCUUUAUGUAUAUGAAACCUACUAUUUAGUGAUUUAUUUAUAAAUUAUUAAUGUUAUUAAAAAAUCUGAUAAAUUUUAUUGUGUACAUAUUUUUGUAUGCUG